ACGCACAGGCGCAUCCCUACUAGCUAAGCAAAGGCGAUGCAGCUCCGCUCCCACAGCCUCGUACAUGACGCCCGCGUCCCAUUCUCUCCGUCGAGCGCCACUCGCCUCUCCGCUGUCAGAGCUGCGCUCUUCAUCCACCUUGUGCAGCGCGGAACUCACAGAGGGCCCGUCCUGCGCCGCAGCGGCGGACGGUGCGUCCGCCCUGUCGCAGCGAGGAGCACCGAGGCGCCUGGUUCAGUCGGUGACAUUAGGACGCAAAAUUUUUUCGAAGUUGAGCUUAACGUCAGAGAUUAUGAAGUCGAUCAGUUUGGAGUUGUUAAUAAUGCUGUCUAUGCAAACUAUUGUCAGCAUGGCCGUCAUGAAUUACUUAAGAAGAUCGGGAUUAAUGUGGAUGCAGUUGCUCGCACUGGAAACUCAUUUGCACUUUCUGACUUGCGGCUGAAGUAUAUUUCACCAUUAAGAAGUCAGGAUAAAUUUGUUUUAAAGGUGAGGGUUGUGAGCAUCACGGCUGCUCGAGUUAUUAUGGAACACUUCAUUUACAAGCUGCCAGAUCUGCAGCCCGUAUUGGAAGCAACUGCAACAGUUGUUUGUCUCAAUGGAAGCUAUCGUCCUAUUCGGGUGCCAAGUGAGUUGUCAGCAAAACUAUUGCAGUUCUCCUUGGAUGAUUCAGAGUGAUAUUCCUGUAAGGUUGUUAGCAUGUCAUGCACCGCAUUCAAAAUUAGCAAACCAAUUGCCAAUGCUUGUAAUACUUUUGUUACGGACAUGUGCAUUUGUCGCGGAUGAAAUUGUUGAAGCUAGGAAA